CGGGAGAAGAACGUCAUACUCGGAUUUACCCAGAUGCCUUUGCGAAAUGUUCGCCAAUGUCUCGAUGUCGGCCAUACUGUUAACUGGGAACGGUCGAUCGUCUGGCAUUUUUCUAUAACUUAGCUGCUAUCUAGCGGUCUAAAUGCAGUGUAAUCCUCAUCAGAUCAAAGAUAAGCUACUGAAGGCACUAGACAAGGAUAACAAUGUGGUGGAAUUGUCCACGGUGCUCGAGGUCAUCGGCUUCCUGGAGAAGUUCCCCAUUACUAAAGAGGCCCUUGAACAAACACGACUGGGAAAACAUGUCAAUGAGAUGCGAAAAAAGACAACAGACAAAGACUUGGCCAGACGGGCAAAAAGCCUUGUGCGUCAAUGGCAGAAACUCAUAUCAGUGGACAGUAACACAGUUAACGGGGAUCGGUUAACUAACAGAUUACCAAAUAGUGUACCUGCAAACAUUCAAAGACUUGAUGGUUCUAUGCCAGUGAGUCCAGCAUCACCUUGGUCUGCCGUCUCAUCCCCUGCACUUCGACCCACCACACCUGGCUUGGCAAGACCUGCCUCUUCCCCAGCCCUCAGAGCAAUGGGACGCCAAGGAUUAUCUCCAGCAUCAUCCCCUGCCCUCCGAGGUACUGGUCGUCCUGGUUUGUCUCCAGCAUCAUCCCCUGCCCUCCGUGGUACAGGUCGUCUUGGUUUAUCUCCAGCAUCAUCCCCUGCCCUUUGUGGUACUGGUCGUCCUGGUUUAUCUCCAGCAUCAUCCCCUGCUCUUCGAGGUAUGGGUCGUCCAGGCAUAUCCCCAGGAUUGAGACCUGUAACACCAUCUAGUGGUGGUUCUAGCCUUCCUGGUACACCCCCUAUCUCCCCCGCUUGUCUACAGGGCAAUAGAUCAGCCACGCCAUCUAAUGGUCAUGCUGUCAAAUCAAAACCCAUCAGUCCAGCAUAUUCCUCGCAUGCUGAGCAGAACAAUCACUCUCCAGAAAUACCUGCAAAAGACUCUAAAACAACCUUGCAAAGAUCAAGUCAUUCCAGUAGCCUCUCCACAAAUUCUCUACUCGCCUCUGGCAAGAAACGCAAGCUACCUGACGAUGUCUGUGAUAACCCGAUUAAGAAAAGAAAUACUGAUAUUGACAAGGAAGGUUCGCUGAAGAUCAAAUUGAAGCAUGCAGAAUUUGUAAAUGGUCUAAGUGUGAGUCCAGUAGAUCGCAGUAAUGGUAGGCCUGCUGAACGGAACACCUCCCUACACCCAAGUUCUAGUCAAACUAGCUUGUAUUCAAAUGAGUCUACCAAUACUUCAUCUGAACAAAACAAUCAGCUCAAAAAAAAUAUGAAAGCACAGAAUAUGAGUAUUUUAGAUAUUGCACGAGCUGAUUCACCUAACUAUGCUUCUAAAAAUCAUGCCAACUUAAGUGUAAAAACUGAUGCCAAACCUAGGCAAUCAAAAGUAAAGACAACUGCUGAACUAAUAGCUGAAAUGAAUGCUAAAAAAGGUUUUAAGAUUCAAAGUGACACUGUGAAUCGUAUUACUCACAAUCAGAUAAAGAAAGAAGCAGAUGUAGUUGAAUCUGUGGUGCCAGCUGGGGCCAAACCCCGACCUCGGAAAAAAAACUCAACUGGACCAGGUUCAGUGCCCCCUUUAUUACAUAGCUCUAAACUGAGUCAAACUAAAACUGAAAUGGUGCAAAAAUUCUUACAAUCUUCAAUUACUCCCACCCAGUCUGAAAAUGACUUGAGUCCAUAUAAACUGGAGUCUAUGCGACAGAGUGAAUCUCUAACUCCGCCUGAGCUGGGAUCGUUUGAUGUUCAGUCAACACCCCCCGAUCAACAAAUAUCAGUUGAUGAUCAAGAGACUGAAACCAAACAGCCAUCUAUAAGUUCUCGGGAAUAUGAUCAAAAACCAGAUCCACCAAAACCUGAAACAUUAGAAGAGUUAAUAGCUCGUUUACCCCCUUUAGAUUUGGAUGCAAUACGCUGGGACAGUGAUAGUGAACAUGAACAUAGUGCUAAUAAACCACCGGAGCCUGAUUCAGAACAGUUUGAUACAUGUAUAAAUAAGAUGCAUUCUGAGAAGUGGGUUGGGGUAAAUGGUACAGUUAACAAAGAGGGUGAAUUUAAAGAAUGGACUGAUACUGUAACAUUGCCAUCAGUUGAUGAAAAUCCUGUCCAUAUUUUACCUUAUGUCAUUAUUGAUGAUAUAUGAUAGAUUUUAUCAACGUUACAUAAUAAUAUAAUGGAAAGGCCAUAACAUGUAUGUGAACCUAAUAAUACCUUUAUCAUGAUCUCAUCAUCAUAAAAAGAAUAUUGUCAGUACUUUUUUACAAAGAAAUAUCUAGGUCAGUCUAAAUUGAAGGUCACAAUUAUGCACAUUUACCAUGUCAACCAAACAAACUGUUGGGAGAAUAUGGAGGUGUAUGAUAUGAUAUUUGUAUUCUAUAACAUGUAUUUUUGGUAUUCAUUCAUAAAUGCACUCAACAAGAUCCACUUAAAUCCACUGAGUUGUGUACCAAUGUUGACUUUACACAGAUGAAUAUCUAUGAACAGAGUAUUCAGGGGCUACAAAAACAACAUGUGUUGGGGAUUUCGUAAGAAUUUCUAAGGCAAAAUGAAUGAAUCCAACAUGCAUAUCUAUUGGAAAUUAUAAUUUUAAAAUUGAAACAUUUCCUGAAAACAACAGGCAAUUUUGGUUAUAACAAUCAAAGUAAUUAUUUUGCUGUUUAUGAUUUUGUAUAAAUAUGCUGUUGGUCAUUAGCAGUGCUAAUGAUAAUGGUUCAUAUCUGGGAUUGUACAACUUGUUUUGACAGUGUAUCUUAUCUAUAUUAUUUCAAGAAAGUUUCAGUCGGAUUGUGGGAACUUUGUUGGCCAAGAGGUACUUAGUAUUUUCAUUCAACCAACUAAGUGGUCUAAUCAAGCCAAAUCUCUAAAAUCAGUGUUAUUGUUUCAGAUGAGAGUUAUUUAUUUUAAGAUAACAUUUAAAUUACUGAAAAAGAAAUAUGUUAGAACUUCAUGCAGAACAAAUGUGAAUGUAACUUCACUGGAAUUUUGUUAUAAUCCUGGAUUUUAGAAAAUGCAUGACUAGAAAUUGAGCCAAAAUAUCAAUAUUUAGAAAAAAAUUCUCACUUGUAUCUUUUAUAACAAGUAACAAAGUCCAAAAUAAUUUUAGUUUUCCAGAAGAGAACAAGUUCAGAAUUCUGUACCAUGCCAGCCCUAUGAAAUAGAUGCAUUAUUUUUUCAUACUUUUUGAUGGAAUGUGGGCAUUUGUUAGUCAUUUGUCGCUGAUUUAGAUUUUUGGGGUAGUUUGUUCAUUUGAUUAUAGCACUGCCUUUCCAAGAUUCUUAAAAACCAGUCUAUGUAUUACCAUAUACGCUUUUAGCGGGCAAUGGAAAAAAUCAACUCACUGGCCUUUUGUUGCAGCUUUGCUCAGAUACCUUCAUUCUACUGAGAAUACCUGUGCAUCUCUUGGAAUAUUAUAUAUGUGUAUUUUUGAAAGUGAGAAAGGUUUUCCCUGAAAAUGGAAUGAAAUAUUUGCUUUAUUAUUCAAUCAUGUUUCUCAUUCUGUUACAUGGGAGAAUAAAGUGCAGGAAGUAUUCGCUUUUUGGAAUCACUAUCGGGUUUAUUCAUAUUAGAGCCUCAUUCUGAUAGAGGGAUUUAAAAAAAUGGACUGCAGAAGAUAUUCAUUCUUCAAAUUAUGACUCUUACCUACCAAUGAACAGAAAGUAUUGCAGGGAAAUAUCACUGAAUUUUUAUCUCAAAUGCUGCUUGUUAUUUUUUAUAACCAAUCACAGAAUGAGAAACA